AUGCACCUUCAAAGUGCAGUGUAUGACUUUUCUUCUAGAGAUGUUAUUUUCAGAGGCAGUAAGAAUCAAAAGAACGGCGCAACGAAAAGCGCCGAGAUCGUCAAGGAAGGCAAAGAGAAGGGUUCCGAGGACAAGGCUAAGGAUGAAGGCAAACCGAAAGAGGACAAGGCUAAGGAUGAAGGCAAACCGAAAGAGGACAAGGCUAAGGAUGAAGGCAAACCGAAAGACUCUGAUUGCAAACUUAAGGGUAGCAAAGAAGCAGAUGACAAGGACAAAGAUGUUAAAGACCUUAAGCCUAGUAAAGAAAAAAUGCCGGAAGACAAAGGAAAGGAUACUAAGGAGCAAGGUCCCGGAAACAAAGCUAAAAAUUCUAAGGAGAAGAUCGCUGACGAUAAACCUAAAAAUGACAAACCAAAGGGCGCCAAUGAGAAAAAAUGA